AUGUCGCUUCUCUCGGCUCACCUGGAGCAAAUCUCCAUGUCAUGUCAGGGCAUUGACAGUCUUCCGUUUCCGCCCCCCAAGAUCUUUACAAACGCCUUGCUCUCCAGCCAUGACAUUACCUCGUUAAUCCGAGACACUGAAGCCCAUGAGCGCGCUCUUUUCUCCGUUCCGCCACCACACCUGACUGCCACGAGCCAGAACCCCGAUCCGCCCAAGCCCUCCUCGAGGCGGCAGACCGUAUUCAAUGUUGCAGCGGGCGAAGUAACUACUGGGCCGCCGCCCAACUCGGCGCGCAGCGGGCCGGCACGCCGUAACACGGCCGUGGCAGCGGUACUUGGCGGCGACCUGCACGCUCAAAUCGUGCGACCCGGCGGGCAUGGGGCUCCUGUUGAUGGCCGAGGCGAUGUCGACAUCGAGGUGCUGCUGCACGGCGCCGAGAAGCUCUGCACCGUGUAUCCGCUGCCCGGGGCACUCGAGAGGAUACCCUCCCAGCGCCAAAAGUACGCACAGCAGAGCGGCACGCUUGACUACUACGAGGCCAAGGUGGCAGAACAGCAAGAGGCGCUCGAAAGAAUAAACAUGGAACGGUGGGUUGACGACGAGGACGACGAUAUCAAGGAGCGAGCUGGUGAUCCGGCGGAUAUUCUCACAGACGCGGAUCUAAAGCGGGAAGAGGACGAGGUUCGAGAACUCGACAAGAAAAAGCGUGAGCUACAGCAAAGACUACGUGCUAUCGAGGCUGAUCUGGGCGGCCUGCUCAACAUGUAA